CAGGGGCGGAUUGACCAUUUGGAAACUCGGGCACUGCCCGAGGUCCCGGGGUCAGUAGGGGGCCCCAUGAGAUGCCACUGGUACCUUUUUCAUAGCGUUUUUUGAGUUUGGGCAAGGACACAGGGGCCCCAUGAUCCCCUAUUGCCCGGGGGCCCCAUGAGUUGUCAGUCCGCCCCUGGUGUGAACGCAGAAUUACAGGGGGCUCUGGACAGUAAGGGCUUGUUUACAUUUGCGGUUGGGGGGGUGUUAAGACCCCAUAAUGCCCCUGGUACCUUUUUCAUAGGCUUUUUUGAGUUUGGGCAAGGACACAGGGGCCCCAUGAUCCCCUAUUGCCCGGGGGCCCCA